UACUCAGCUCUUGACAAAGUAGCUCACCAAAUCAGCUGAAUGAUUGCUCUGGUAUCGUUCAUCCUUGCUCUACUGGCUCCACAGGCUAGUGCAGUCAUUGGAGGAGAUCUCAACUGCACUUCGUACAACGGAUCUGCUUUCGUCUGGACUCCAGCGGCAACUGCUUGCAGCAAUGUUAUCUCCGAUUCAUCCUGCGCAGUUCUGUACCCUGCUCCAGUUCCAGCGGACGGUUAUCCAUCCCCAGGAAGAGAUCAGCAGAGACCAUUGGCUUGUUAUACGACUGCUACCGCUACCCCAGCUGCAGUGGUUCAAGACAUGAAAACUGCCGCCCAGAGCACAUGUCCAAGAGCCUGCGGAUUGUGCUGUCAGACUUCUUCUUACAGUUGUCCUAAUGUUGCAUUCCCACGUCUCAACUGCGCCACCAUUACCCAAUCACAAUGCUUUUCUCUGGUUUGGAGACCAAUCAUCGCCACGGACUGCCCAUCUGCCUGCGGAUUUUGCAAUGAAGGAGGAUGCGUUGACGCCGUUCCAGACUGCGCUAAUGACAGAAGCAUCUGCAACGCCGUUGGGCUCCAGACCUUUGUGAACACCUACUGCCAAAGAACAUGCUCUAGAUGCGCAUCUGCAACAACUACUCGAUCCUCGACCUGCACAUCCUUCAUUUCUGACUCGAGCACUGCUUGCAGAGCCUGGUCUCUCAAUGGAUUCUGCACCAACACGUUCUACACUGCUGCCCAGAGAAGAUCGUACUGUGCCACCACUUGCAGACUUUGCUGAUUUCUGAUAUGUAACUGGUUUAGCAUCAUUCUAGCUUUUGACAAAUUUUAGGACAACAUCACACAGCGACUGACGAUGACCGCAUAAUAGUUGUAGAGAUUUUCUUUUGUUAUCAUGACUGACCAUCAUGGCACCAUAAAAAUUGAUCUGGAAA